AUGACCAUUACAAGUAUGGGAUGUAAUUCUAUAGAAUUAGGAAAAGGAGAUAGCAAAAUCAAGGCCUACAAAUUUGUGGCCUAUUCGGCUGUUGCUUUCUCUGUGAUUGCUGUUCUCUCUGUUGUAAUUACUUUACCAAUGGUUUAUAAUUAUGUAGCACAUGUACGGAGACAAAUGCAGCAUGAAUUGGGCUUUUGCAAGGCAAGUUGUUUUGUUUUAAUAUUUUAA